AUGAUGUGUUAUUGUGGAAGCGAUGUUUCUCGUUAUGAUUCACGUCAUCUACCAGUCGUCAAAUGGCAGACUACACCCGAACGUAUUUUAGAUGAUCAUAAUCAUUGCUUAAGUACUAUUACACGUCUGCGUCUUUCUUCUAUGCCUUGUUUUUCAUCUCGAAAGAACUAUUUCAAGAACAUCACAUUUCUCGCAUUGUAUAAUCUAAAUAUAGCAUUGGUUGAAUGGAUAAUUACUUACAUUAAUUGUUCAAGAAUUACUGAACUCGUUAUUAUUUUAUCCAAUAAACAACCAAAAGCAAUCAAUACACUUUUAAAACAUAUGUCAAAUAUUCGACCAUUAAAGAUCGAUUUCGACCAGUUAAUUCUUGAUCAAGGUGUUUCUAUUGAAAAAACAACGCACCUUAAACGACUCGAUUUAUCUAAUGAGCCUCAUCCAUUUAGAGAAAAAGAUAUUGCCACUAUCGCUCAAUUCUUUCCAUGUCUUGAACAUUUAGUAAUCAAUACAGUAGACCUACACAAUAUUCCAUUGAUGAAAAUUUAUCUACCAAAACUACGCAGUCUAAGUUUUCGAGUGAAUAAUUUUGUUCAAUUAUUCGACAGUCAUCCUUUCCAACAUUCAAUUCCAUUUGUUUUCCAACCAGAAUCUAAUUUGAUUAAAAUAUGGGUCGAUCAAACAACUUUCGACAAAGUAUUUUGGCAAACAUCUAAUAAUAGCUCAGCAUAA